AUGGAGAUUGAUUCUAAGGAUGGAAUCGAGCGGAAGUUAAAUAUGGCUCAACAGUCGGAUUUUAAUGACCCAGUUAUAUCCGAACAUAAUAUAUAUGUUUGUCACGUACCAGUGAACAGCGCUUUUUAUCGAGUUAUUUUUCCAACCAGUAAAAUCAAUCCUUAUACGAAUAAAUGGUUGAAAGCUCGUUUCAAAAAAGCUGUUAGAAUGCUUGAAAUGAGACUGCCUCAGGAUGCUGAUUCAGCUUCAUUUGAUGCUAAAAAAGCAAAAUAUAUUGCCAGCCAACAACAGUCAACUUCCAAGACGUCAUUUGUUAUGGAUCGAUUAUUGGCAUAUGAGGACAUUUUCAUUGGCCAAAGCCAUUCGUUUGAUGCUGCAUUUGAAUAUGCCAUUAGUAAUAUAUAUUUAUGUCCCAUGAUGGGAUCGUUUGAAAUGCGUCAUUUGCAAGCUGGUCUACAAAAUCUGCAGUGCGAUGAAGCUAUUCACGCAGAUACUGAUAGUGAGUUUACGGAAUCAGAAAGCGAAACUGAUGACGAUCCUUCUCCUUUAAGGGUGCGUUUUGUUCGGCCAGAAAAUGAAUUCCAAAAGAAACGUCGAGAGGAAUCAGUCACCCUUCGAAAUAAAGUUGCUGAGCAUAGCUCAUGGAUUUCACUGGAUUUAGAAAAAAGCACGAUGAAGUCGGCAUCAGCUAAGCUUAAUUCACUUUUUUCAUUACCUAAUCCCGUGGAUUCUUUGUUGAAAUUACGCGAUGCAGAACAUUUGGUCGAAGAGACUAUAGUUGGAAACAAAUUGGCGGAACUAAAUUUGGAGGAUCGUCAUUCGUUAAUAUCAUUUAAAGAAGUGAGACGUUUACCUGAUGCGCUUCAGCUCAAAGCUUUGUUCAUCAAAGUAGGUGUUAUUUCAAUGCAACAUAUUGAAGAAUUAAUUUCAUUCAAGAUCGAACAUAAUCUAUUAAUUUCUCGCAUACGUGAAUAUGCGCAUUUAGUUCGUGGUGUUUGGGUCAUCAAGAGUGAAUUGGCUUUUCCGGAGGAUGAAUAUUCAUUACAGCGGAUUGUUAGAGAUUUUGCUUUAUGCCUUUUAAAUGCAAAUCUACCUGUAAGAAGAUCGGAUAUGCAGUUGGCGUUCGGGCUGACCGUGGAAGAUUUCGAUUUUUCUUUAACGACAUUCGGUGAACAUAUCACAUCCGGUGAACGAACUUGGAGACUAAGGAUAGAUGGUGAUGAAACAUUUGGUAAAACCAAGGAAGAUUUGCGAGUUUUGAUAGAAGAAAAGCGUUAUUGGAAUAGACGUUGGGAAGAAAUUCAUCACUAUUUGUCAACAAUCAAAAACAAAUCAGAUUUUACAGUGCAAAAAACAUUUAAAAGGUCAUUUUCAUAUUAA